UCAGAAAACAAAAACGGAAACAAAAACAAACAAACAAAAACAAAGACCCUGACUGUGUCAAGAGUGUGACCUUUAGCACAUCUGAUGCCGUGCCCAGCGGUUCCAAGUCCUGACUCAGGGGAGGGUCACAGUGAGUGCUUGCUUAAUGGAGUUUCUGAAGAAAGAAGCAAUGCCACAUCUUUCUAAAGCUCCCCCGGUCUCUUCUGAGAGUCCCGAGUCACCAGUUGUCCCUCCCGCCCCACUCAUCAAGCUGGCUCUUCUUCAAGCACAACCAGCCAAGACAAGAGAAUGUUUUCAGUCAAUGCCACUAUUUUAUAAGAUUUCCUUGUCACAAUUUCCUCGUGGUAAUUGCAUGUUCUGGGAAGGAACUAGGGGAAAUGUCGAGAACUGGAGGUCUCAAGGUCAUGACGCCAGCAAGCAAUCUGGUUCAAAGUCAGCGUGUCUGCCUGUGGGGGCCUGGCGACCAGCCACGGUGUCCAGGCGCACCGGGAUUCUCCUCUCACUUGUCAUGGAUGCCUGCUGACAUUACUGUGUAAGAACCCUAUUUCCACAAGAUGCUUUGAGAAAAAGACAUCGUGGAUGAGUAUACCACAGGUUGUGUUUUCCACUUGAUGUUUCCCAUGUCAACAUGAAGGACCCUGGAAAAUUCUGCAGAAAGAAACUCCUUAGGUAGGUACACUCAGUGCUCCCCAAAUCUCUGGCUGUGGAAAACAAUUGUCCAUGCAACACCCAUAGACUGAGUACCUCUUUUCUGAAAUCCUUGAGACCUGGAGGGUCCCAGGUUUGAGGGCCACCUUUCCAACUUUGAAUAUUUGUAUGUAUACAAGGGUAAUCUUGGAUGGGGCAUAAGUCUAAACUCGAAUCUGUCUCUUUCGUGAACACCUCACAUACAUAGCCUAAAGGCGAGUUUCUAUGGUAAUUUAAGUUAUUCUGUGCACACAAGGUUGCACUGUGUAGAAUUCUCCACAUGUCACACUAGUCAGAAAACUCUCCAUUUUGGAGCUGUCUUGAUUUCAGAGUUUUGGGUUAGGGAUGCUCGCCUGAACUAACAUACUAGAAAACACACCUUGGAAAAACACUAGCUUUUCUUAUCAUGGAGAGAAGAUGGACGGUCCAAUAAGGAUCCAACAGUGUCUCUGAUCCGUCAGAAGGUUGGGACCAGGGACUUCCCUCCAGGGAGAAGGGCUAUGCUCAGAGGCACCCUCCCGUCAGCCUGCCCUCUGAGCUCACCGUGUGUCUGCUUGCAGACAAGGCCGCUCUCAUGCUCACCCCAUGCUGCAGGAAGACCACCAACAUGGCUCCUUUCGGCAGCAUCCCAGCCCAAGUUCACUUCACUACAGGAUACAGCCAGGGAGGAACCUGUGUGCUUUCUUAUCUUGUGUUCCUGGUUCCCGUACCAGGGGCAUUGACUGCUUGUGUGAGUCACCUUUUCCACUGCUGACAGAAGGAAGGAAAGAAGGUUUUAUUUUGGCUCACAGCUUGAGUGUACAGCCCACCAUGGCAGGGAGAUCAAGGAGACCGAACACGAGGUGGCAGGUCACGUUGCAUCCGUAGUCAGGAAGCAUAGGGAGGGGAACACCAGUGCUCAGCUCUCUCUUUCAUUAGUCUGAGUCUAGCUCAUGGGACGGACCUCACAGACAUGGUAGAUCUUCCCUCUUCAAUUUCCGUUUUCUGGAAAUAUCCUCAUAGACGUACCAGGAGGUGUGUUUCCAUAGUGAUUCUGAAGCCAAUCAAUUAGACAUGGAAGACUCACCAGCACACAGGUAUUACAGGUCUAGAGCCUGUAGGAGAGCAGACCCACCUGCGUAUCCGUGAGGAGCAUCAACAUGGCAGAUGCAUUUUCUCACUGUAUACUGUCUCCAUUUGGGGAAUUUUAACCUUUUAGGGGUCAGGAACAGACACCGCCUCACCCUCUGUCUUCUCAACCACCUCUGUGCUGAAUUCAGGGUAAAUGCCCACAUGAUGCUUGACAGCUUGAGUGUGAGAGGAUAAACACUCCUGUAGGCUGCGAAGUUCGGUGUGGGUGAGGAAAAAAAAUCGAUGUUGCAAAUCUCUUAAUUCAUGACUGAAGCCACUCUCCUGGCCCAAGCAUCGAAGAAGGAUGCAGAGACAGAAACGGAUAGCAAGUGAAUUGCAGGCAACUGUUGGAAGCGUGAUGCCCUCGGAAGAGUUAGAGCAACUGUCAAAGUCGCCCGAUGUGCCCAUUUUUAUCAGUUCUGACGGUGAUGUGCUGCCGUUAGAGAUUCAGGUCUCGUCUGAGCUCAUCUGAAUAACGCUGGCGAUGGGAGGGAAGAGCGCGAUGAGGCAUCCAGAGGCAGUCCUGGAUCCGACUCUAUAAAUCUGAAGGAGGUAGACGCAGGACAGCCUGGCCUUCUCUGCUUGCCCAGCGCAAGGCAGGGCAGAAGGAAGUGAGAGGCACUGGAGUGGACGGCGUUUGUCUACACCCCGAGUGAUCAUGAGAGGGACCACACAAGUCUUCAUCGUGUUCCUCCUAGCAACCGUGUCCCACUGUGCCGUGAUCACAGGGGUAAGCCUGUGAGAGCGAGAUGUCCAGUGUGGGGCGGGCACCUGCUGUGCCGUCAGCCUGUGGCUGCGGGGGCUGCGGCUGUGCACCCCACUGGGUCGGGAAGGAGAGGAGUGCCACCCAGGAAGCCACAAGGUCCCCUUCUUCAGGAAACGCCAGCACCACACCUGCCCCUGCUCACCCAGCCUGCUGUGCUCCAGGUUCCCGGACGGCAGGUACCGCUGCUCCCGGGACUUGAAGAACGUCAGCUUUUAGUGGGUCUGGGCUCAGGAUCCCUCCUGGGUGGCCUCUUCUGCAUCACUUCUGUGUGCUUUUGUUCCCCGAAACUGCUCCACUCCCCACCCUGUCCGUGGCACACGCAUGAGCGGAUGGGCACACCUUCCACUGUGGAAUAGCCCACGGGUGUGUGCAGAGGAGGCUACGGCCUCGAGGAGUUGGCCAGCCGUGCCCGGACUGCCUCAAGUUGUGACGUUGCGUUUCUCCCAGGUGUCUGCCCUUCCUGCAUGUGCCCUUUCUUCCUAAAUCACACCUUCCUGGCCACUGGCCCUCGGGGGCAUCACUAAAUCACAGGUCCUGUGGAGAGGAGGACCAACAGGAGCAUCUCAUUUCUUUGACUGACUAGCUCCUUAUUUUAGGACCGUGGGUACAAAUUCAGCCUUUCUCCGGGAACCAUUGGAAAGCAAGAGGAUUUCAGGGUCUCUUUGAAUUAGGGGUGGGAGGCAGCUCAGAGAGCUUUGGCUAUGUGUUGCGGGGGGGUCUUCUGGGAAGGGCUGGGAGUGUGGGGAAGCUCUCCUGAGGGGACAGCAUGGGCCUACUUCAACUCUCAGAGCUGAAAUUCAGUCCCUUUGGGCUUAUGUCAACUAUUUGACCCCAGCAGGCCACAUGUGCCUAGUGAUAGGUAAUUUGCGUCAGCGAGGGAGCUGGCAAGGCCUUGAGCCUUGAGCCUGAACCCAGGCCUGGGAGCUUUCUCUACAGGCAGGUAUAGCCAACUCCUCCCACCUCCAUUCUUAUUCCAGGCACAGGGUGUCCAACAACACUGUGACGAAAUGUUGAAAUGUUGCCGUCUACCGAGUUCAGAAUGGGGCCAUCAAGGUGCAGCAACAAAAUCUCCUUUUAAGGAAGCUCACAGUGUUGUCUUGGACCACCUUCACAGCUACCCACAAACAAACAAAACAGAACAAAACCAAACAACAAACAAACAAAUAAAAAAACCCCCACCCUCCCGGGCCCACCAGGCUGGGCCUUGAACAGCGCAGGGACCGUUCUGUGCUUUUGCCCCGGCUCUGCUGACCUGCGCCACCUUUCCCGUAUGCAGCCCACAAUCCCUUUCCCUCUGGGCUCCAGGCCCAGGCCCAAGCUGUAAAGUUCCUUUCCAAGUCAACGGUCCCAUGAUCCUCCUCGUCUUCCAGAUCUCCAGGCUCCACUCACUGCCCUUGGGUAUUGACCUCCAGCUUGUGUCCCACCCUGCUCACAGAGCAGCCCCGAGUGCAGUGAGCAGCAGCCAGUGCCUCGAUGCCCCAGGAGCAAGACGCUGGGGGGGCCCUGUGGCGCUCCCUAGCACAUCACCAUGUUACCCUACAUCCUCGCCUGCCUCAGAGGAGGCCACCUGCAGACCCAGAGGGUGAAUCGACAAUUUAACAUGACCACACUCAUUUUCAUUUGUGAUGUUGUAAUUCUGAGGAAGGAGUGAUGAGUCUCUGCCUCACUUUUCUGCUGUUGCAAACGAUAGAAGAAUGAACAGCGGAGAGGUUGGAAGGCUUAGGGAAAUGUAUCCUUUGCAUUCAGUAAUAUGCUCUUCAGAAAUAUGGCUAUAAGAAACUCCCUAUAGAGAGAGUAUGC